AUGGGCGUGCUUCAUCGCAAAGACCGGAGCGAUCCACCUCCACCCUAUACGGCCCGACCUGAUGGCGCCAGCAAUCCCCACCAAGCAGCCAACCCAAACCCACAGGCUGAUCUGCGUCCCAUUGACCCAACCGACGGCAACAAACUUAGUCAAUCGCCCGCACCUCCGUCUCCCACCAGCCUUGCGCCUCCUUAUGACGAGCACUCGGCAUCGGGCUCCUCUCCGCCGUCUCCCUUUGGCGACGCCAGCCGCUAUGCUGGCCCAGCGCAGCCGUCGGAGGUCGUGGGCAACGUCGCGCGUCAAUUCCCGCCCGUGUUCGCCCUCUACUCCAACGGCAUGUCGCUGAGCCGCAGCUACGUGAUCGGCCCGCACCAGAGCGAGCCGCUCUACGCCGUCGAGCUCCACACGGGACUAUCUAGCAGCCCUCCCUUGGUGCUGCACAAUGGCCCCGACGCGUCGUGCCCCAUGCUGGCGAGCCUCGAGUUCCACACGUUCAGCAGCUCGGUCGACAUGACGGUCCCGCCCCUGCCGGGAAUGUCGGGGUCGACCGAGAUCAAGCUGCAGAGCAGCGGCUCGUUUCACAGAUCGUACAUGUUCAACAUCGAGGUCGGGCUGGGCGGGCAGAUGCGCCCCGAGAUGUUUGAGUGGCGGCACUCGUACGGGGCGGCUAUCGCGGCGCUGGACGGCGACUUUGACGGGUACAAACUCGUGCGCCUGAAGCGCGGUCCUCCCCCCGGGAUGCCGGCCGGGGCGCGCUACGAUCCGGGCCAGUUCGCCGCCGGCGAUGGGCUCGAGGUGGUCGCCGCCUGGACCGACGCUCGCCUCAGCUGGUCCAAGCAGGGCAAAUUUGCCUUUAUCGGCACCGGGCAGUCGGGGCUCCUCGGGGAGCGCUGGGCGGUAGCCGCCGUCUUGUCGGCGCUCGCCAUUUGGGAGAUACAGAGGAGGCGGAAGCGAAACAAUGCCCGCUAG